AUGGACCCAACCGCCCCGGGCAGCAGCAUCAGCUCCCUGCCUCUGUUCCUGGCCCUUGCCCUUGGUCUUGCAGCUGUUCAUUGCGUGGUGGCAGAUGGGAACACAACCAGAACACCUGGAACCAAUAGCUCUCUCUGUGGAGUAUCUGGGGGAAACUGCACAGUUCCAGGUACAACUCCUAGACAGAAAUUGAAAACCCACUUCUCUCGGUGUCCCAAGCAAUACAAGCAUUACUGCAUCCAUGGGAGAUGCCGCUUCGUGGCGGACGAGCAAACCCCCUCCUGCAUCUGUGAGAAAGGCUACUUUGGGGCACGAUGUGAGCGCGUAGACUUGUUUUACCUCCAGCAAGACAGAGGGCAGAUACUGGUCAUCUGCUUGAUUGUGGUCAUGGUGGUAUUCAUCAUUUUGGUCAUCGGUGUCUGCACCUGCUGUCAUCCUCUUCGGAGACAUCGUAAAAAAAGGAAGGAAGAGAACAGGGAAACUCUGGGUAAAGACAAAACUCCCAUAAGUGAAGAUAUUCAAGAGACCAAUAUUGCCUAAUGGUUGUACAGUUACAGCAAGCCAGUGGCAAACUACAAAACACCUUACUCAUUGCAAAUGGACAGGACAUGUCUCAGGAAAACAGCUAG